GUUAGUGACGCUCUCGAGCGGUCGCCAGGGCCGUCUGAGCUGGGGCCGCUCGGUUCUGACCAGCGCGUCCGGCCUUGGCGGGGUCCGCGCCGCCGAUGGAGACCGAUUUUGGAAAAGACUGCUUCUGAAGAUACUAAAGAAGGAAACAUUUCUGUUAACAAUUCAUAAGAAGCUAAUAUUCCAUUUGCUUAGGAUUAGAAGACCAGCUCAUUCUUAGAGUCUUCUGAAAUAAAAUUAGAAUGGAUGGGUCAGAUGAAUAUUCUCAUAAUUCGAUUGACCUACAAUGUCUGUUAAAUUCAUUUCCUGGAGAUUUGGAGUUUAAGCAGAUCUUCAGUGACAUUGGUGAACAGAUGGAACAAAAUGCUACAAGCAUAGAGCAUUGCAUUGAAGAAAUACAGUCUGAAGUAAGCAAGCUCUGUCCAGAUGUGCAGCUGCAAACAACAACUGACUGCUUCAAAUGGCUAUCUAGCUAUAGUUAUAAUUUGUCUAAGUCACCAUCCAUUCCCCAUGGAGAUUUGAUGAAAUUCCUCAAAGCAAUGCAAGACUUGCUAAAUAAUGAAGAAAACCAAGAAGAGAUGAUCCUGGAUUUACUCUGGGACCUCUCCUGUCAGAGCGGCAUCUCUUUCCUGUCACCCCUCGGAGGGACCUCCUUCUCCUUCCUCUCAGGGACAUCUCUGCAUUCUGUCGAAGAUUACUCCUCUGUGGAUGUAAAGUCUAUUUGGGAUGAUGUAAGACUACAUCUUCGACGCUUCUUAGUGAACAGGUUAGAAAGCCAUAAUGAGAUGAACAAUUCACAGCAAAAAAUUGAACUGAAGAAUCACUGUCUGCAGCAACUCCUCCUGCUCUACUCCGAAUCUGACGUGCUUGCCAAGUAUGGAAGCAUACAGAAGAGGCUGCUGGCCAAGUUCCUGCGAGACUCCCUUCCCUCCUGCCGCAGAGAUGGGGACUUAGAAGGAAGUGCUUGUGGAUACCGAAGCGCGGUACUCGCGCUAUAUUCAAUGAUAGAAGAGGAUUUUAACAUUCUGUGUGAAAUUUUAGCUCCAUCCUCAAUGGUGCAAUUCAUUAAUGAAACUUACCUGGAUACAGUUACAGAAGAAAUGACAAAAAUUCUUGAAAAAUUUUGUGAGCUGCAGUUCAAAGAAAAUGUUGUUCCUGUUCUUAAAACAAGCAAGAGCUCCAGCAAGCACAGAGGAACAGUGCAUGCUUUGGUCAGCCCUGCAUGCCCACAGAAGGGACAACGCCCUUCUCUGUCCUUAGAAGAACUCAAGUUCUUAUCACAGCUGACAGACUCCUUUGUAAAGCUGGAGAAUGAUGUUCAGGCGCUGUUUGAAGACAUGUUUUUAUUGCUUAAGAUGCAUUCUCCAGAAAUAUUGGAGAAAUCUAAUAGGGAAGUCAUGGUAAAGAAACAUAUAGCAAAUGAAACCAAUGUUCCCCCAGAGCCAUUACUACCAGUAAAAGAGGCUACUUUAUUAGAGUUUGGCUGGAGAGAUGCAUUUAAAAAAGUCUCUCUUGCCAUGGCACACUGCAUACCAUCUGCCAUUGAAGAUUUUUUCACAAAGGUCCUUCAUCAGGAACAAACUGAAAGGACCUCAGCUGUGAGCUACACUCUGAACCUUGUAAAUGUCCCGCAAGUUUGGCGAGAUGGUCUCAUGUUUCCCGAGGAGGAACAACCAAAGAAAGUUGCCAAGUUUUGUUCUGACAUCAUGGAAAAGCUUGAUGCAAUGCUUCCACUGGCUCUGGCAUGCAGAGAUGAUUCUCCUCAGGAAAUCAGAGGGAACCUGGCGGAGGCCUGCUGCAAAGUGGCAACAGCUGUCCUGGAAAGACUGCAGGAGAGAGGCAAGGAGGUUCCUUCCAGAGCACCCCUGAAGAACCUGCACAUCGCCCUGUCCUCAGCAGCUUACGUCUCCCAGCGCUUCAUGCACUAUGAUCAUCUGAUGAAGGAGACAACUAAAAAACCCAUAUUCCUGGUGCCUGUCCAGCGAUAUCAGGAAUUCAUCAACACUGUACAGUUUCAGGUUACGGACUACUGCGUCAGAGUUUGUGCUACAAGCAUUUUACAGGAUGCCGAGAGCCACCACUGGGAUGACUACAAAGCUUUUCAUGAGGGGGAAAGAUGCUCCUUCUCCAUCCAGAUGUGGCAUUACUUCAUCUGGGCUGUGCAUCAUGAUCUCUGGACCAUACUGCCCCCUAAACUGGCCCAGGAGAUUCUAGCGGAGCUGCUGGAGAAAUCCUUGGGUCUCCUUGCCUCCAGAUAUGCCCAGGCCCAUCCGAGUCCCAAGAGAACGGAACAGAUAAGGCUUGAUGUCACGGCAAUCUUAAUGUGCACUGAGAACAUAUUAUGGUCAGUUUGUAGCUCUGCACAAGAGAUUCAGAAUCCUCAUAAGUAUAACAACAACAAAAUUUUUAAAAUUCAUACUCACUGCAACAAUCUCUUUACAACAUUAGCUAUUUUGACAUCACCAUUGACAGAAUUAUAUAAGACUUUUCAGCAUGGUAUGGAUGAGUCGGCAUCAAGUUCCUUAACACCAUUGUUUAAUCAGCCAUUCUACUGGAUUUCGUGCAUGUCACACUUCUACCCCUCUUUGCUCAGUGCAGGGGAUGGGACAUGUCAGUCUUCUUAUGGAAGUCAUCUGGCUUAUGGGAAUUGAUCCUCUCCUUCCUCCACUGUAUGGGCUCCUGGGGAUUGAGCAGAGACCAUCAGGCUUGGUGGCAAGCACUCGUACAUGCUGGGCCAUCUUCCCAGUCCAACAUCUUAUUGAACUAAACAACUAUUUAUUUUGGACCUGUAUGCUGUUUCAGGAAAGAUUUGAAUCAACUUUCUGAAAUAUUAAAGAUACUUAAUUAAAUAUAAGUGAGAAGGAAGAAAAAGAGCAAGAAAGACAUGGAAUUAAACCAAAACAGAGUCAAAAUGUGGAAAGUUAAAUAGAAAAGAAAAUUGUCUAUAAGAGUGAUACGAGGUAUAUAAUAACUAAAAUAAUUUUUUCAUGCUUUUCCAGGCUUUGGUAACACAGUUUUGAAUACCUAGUUUUAGGAAAAUGAAUGUAUUUCCAAAGCAUUAAGUAAAAUAAACUACAUUCAAGGUCUCUACCAAUGGCAUAAGCCAACAGUGUAGAUGAUUUAAAACAGCAAUCAGUUUCAUAGUAUAAUGAACUAAAGCGACUGGUGAAUAUAUUGCUAUCAAGGUUAAUAGCAUGGUAAUAUAUAUGAUUUCACAUAAAAAUACUACAGAAAUAGGACUAUCUUGGUAGCUGUAGUAGUAGGGGUUCUCUAGGGGAACAGAGCUGACAGAGUGAAUCUAUACAAACCAAAAGGGGAUUUAUACGGCUUUUACAGGCUGUGGUCUGGCUAGUCCAGCAAUGACUGUCUCCUGACAGAAAGUCUAAGAAUGUGGUAGCUGUUUAGUCAAAGAGGAUAGGUGUCUCAGCUGAUCUUCAGUCUGUGUUGGAGUCUGGAAGAAGUAGGUUUUAAGGCCAGUGAAGGAAUGUCUCAGCAGCAGGAGAGAUGAACUUGCCAGUGAGAGAGUGGGCAAGCAGGCAAAAAGUAAAGUCCCCUUCUUCUGUGCCCUUUUAUGUAAACUACCCUGAGAAGAUGUGGUUCCCAUUUAGGAUGGGUCUUCCCACCUUAAAUGAUGCGGUGAAGAAUAAUUUCUCACAGGUGUUCCAAGAUGCUUGGGCUUUAGCUGAUUCCAGAUGUGGUGAAGUUGACAACCAAGAUUAGCUAUCAUAGUAAUUUAUACUGUUUCCUUCUGCUGCUUUUUAUGUUUCUUAAACUUUGAUCUUCAUUAAACUGUUUGAAUACUUCUUAGUAAUUUCCAAGUACUCCUUUCUUAAGUCACAAGUACAGUAUGAUUCUGAGUAGCAUAAUCAGCUUGAGUAAACAGUGCAUCCAUUUUCUACUGCUUAUUUUCUUCCGUGAGGGCAUGAUACUUUGACACAAAGCUAGUCUGUUCUCUAUUGUGCUUUUAUUUAACACAGUGCUCUUUAUGUUUGUAUAUCAUCUUCCACCCUAAAAAUAUGAAGUCAUUUGUCCUCAUAUAUGAUUCUAUAUAAAUAUUUAUCCAGUUCAAGAUAUAUUCACUUCUUUCAUAAAAUUAUUUCACAGAUUUUUCUCCAUGUAAGGCACUGUGCUGUGUGUUACAAGUAAGGGAAGAGGUAGUGAAGGAAAACUGCAACAGAAAUCCCUCUCCUCAGUAUAAGAGUACCAUGACCUGAGCUAUGCAGCCUACUUGACAAGCAGGGCUAUUGUCAGCUUCCCCCAUCUUGGCAGACUCCACUGAUUUCCUCUUGAGAUAUUCCACUCCUUUAACAAGAAAGAUUUCCUUCCUUUCUUGUUACUGCUUUAAUGUCUCUUCUUAUAGCGUGUACUCAGACACACACCUGAAGUAUGGAGUGUCUUCAGUGUUCUAUCUACCUUGUAACCUUUUCUUUCUUUUUCUUUCUUUCUUUCUUUCUUUCUUUCUUCCUUCCUUCCUUCCUUCCUUCCUUCCUUUCUUUCUUUCUUUCUUUCUUUCUUUCUUUCACUUUAUUUACUUUGUAUCCCCCCUCUAGUUCCCUCCCUCCCUCCUCUCCUCCCAAUCUUUCCCUUCCUCCCCUUCUCCACACAUGCCCCUCCCCAAGCCCACUGGUAGGGGAGGGUUUCUUUUUCUUCCUUCUGAUCCUAGUCUGUUAGGUCUCAUCAGGAGUGGCUGCAUUGUCUUCCUCUGUGGCCUGGUAAGGCUGCUCCCCCCUCAGGGGAAGGUGAUCAAAGAGCAGGCCAAUCAGUUCAUGUCAGAAGCAGUCCCUGUUCCCAUUAUUAUGGAACCCACUUGGACACUGAACUGUAUAUACUCACUCAUAUAGACAUAUAAUAUAGGAUAAACCUACUAAAAUUUGUUCACCUAAAGAAUCUAAUAAGAGGGAAGAACUCUGGCUAAAAUGCUCAAUACCCACUCCGAAAGGCAAAGAGGAUGGACACCAGAAGAAGAAGAAAACAGGAAACAAGUUAGGAGCCUCCCACAGAGGGCUUCUGAAAGGUUCUGCCCUGUAGACCAUCAAAGCAGAUGUUGAGACUUAUGGCCAAACUUUGGGCAGAAUGCAGGGAAUUUUUUUUUUAACAAGUCAGGAGACUUUUAUUGGUAAUCAGAUUUUUUUUUUCCUUAUGAGGAAUGUAAUAUCUCUACCUGGAUGGUGAGAUAUUUUUCUUCUUUGAAGUCUGGUCAUUUCGCACGCCAUGUUUUGGUGUGGGUUAGUCUGGGGUAUCUUAUAAAAGAAGUGGGAAAUAAUAGUUAGAUCUGGAGACGACAGGAGGUCCACAAGGAGAGCAACAGAACCAAAAAAUUUAAGCACAGGGGUCUUUCCUGAGACUCAUACUCCAACCAAGUACCAUGCAUGGAGAUAACCUAGAACCCCUACCUUGUAACUUUUAAAAAGUGAUGCUGUGUUCUCCGUGGUCUCCUUUAGUUCUCUCAUACUUCGUUCUAUUAAAAGCAAUUACAGUCUCUCCAAAGACUGUACACUCAUAGAUGUCAAUAUACACGAAUAUUUUCUUGAACCUUGUGCUUGGAGACUAUAGACAGCAUCUAAUCCAAAAGAUCCUCGUCUCUCCAGCCUGUCUUAGCUAAUGGUGAGCUCACUUAGUUAGGCAGAAUCCUUAGGAGCCUCGAGAGUUUUGUUUUUUUUUUUCUCCUGCAUUUCUAUCCUAUUGCUAAGUAUCCAGGAUCUUAAACCUUUGAUCUGCCAUCUGUAAAGCCACCUUCAUCUUAGCCCAAACCAACAUGAUAUCUCUCACCAUUAUUUCAGUGACUGCAAUGACACCCUUGCUUUCUUUUUUCUUCAUGGUGCUGAGCCUGGCCCAUGUAGGAAAGAAAGUACCACUGAACUAUACCUUGAACUUCAAUGUGCAGGUUUUCUAUAAUUUAUGAAUUAACUUUCAUCUUCAUUGUUUUCUAAAUUAUAGCCAUAUUUUUAAACAGAAACUAAUUUUUCUUAACUCCCACUUUAUUAUUUCAUACCCAUGACUUAAAGUCUUCCAGUGCAUGACAUACAUGUGUGUGCGCGCACACACAAAGCUUGGUGUACAAAAGUCACACACAUGUGGGCCAUUUUGCUCUCAUCUCCAAACUCCCUGACAACCAUCACAAUGUGAACUAUGCCUCUUUCCACCUUUCCUUGCCGUGCCAUUCUUCCAUUUCCUCGCACCUCUUCAUCUUUAUUUAAUGAAUGAAUGCCCACUCACCUUCAUGUCUCAGCUCGGCUAUGACUUUUGUAGGGAAGCUUUUCAAUAACCCCAAAGAUUUUUAGUUUUAUUUUAUUUAUUUAUUUAUUUAUUUUGCUAUAUUUUAGUUUCCCUUUCCUCUGUUCAGUUUCUGUAACUGUAUUUUUAUUUUGUUUAUAUAAUCCCAUAAGACUACUCAUGUGAGUUCAUAUAAUCUUUUGAACAGUUCUUCAUAUUUUAUGUGGGGAAACUGAGACUUGGUGAGGUAAUAUUCCCACAGCUACACAAGAAAGGAGCUUCCUAGGUUUUCGGUGAUGAUUUCUUCUGUGUCUCUGGUCUAAAAGUGAGCUAGUAUAUAUUAGUUGAAUGACUGACUGAGUGACUGAAUGAGCAUGUUAGUUCAAAGUAGUAAUGUAUUUGUUACUGCAAUAUAAAAUAUUCCUAAUAUUUGUUAUGUGUGGUAGAUCUCAGGUAUGGAAAGUGUGAUUUGAAAAGCUGGUUGUAUUAUUCUUAGAAGAGGACAUCUAAAGAGGAGAACAAAAGUUGUCUCCUGGCGUAGUGAUGGGGGAAAUUAUGUAGUAUAUUUUAAUACAAAAUAUUUUAAGAGUCUCCUAGAUAUUGCUGGCAAGCUUUUACACAGCACUGAGGAAAAAUGCUGAGAGAGUUUGUAUUCUGAGAUGCCAAGUGUAAUUACAGAGUCAACCAGAGAAGAAGCCCUGAGAGCUUUUACAUAGCUGCUCCAGAGAAUGGAUGGACAAAUAGCUGCAUCUUUGAAAAGAUUUUCAAAGGCGAAGUUAGUAUCUGUGGUAGUCACUAAAAGAACUACAAAUGUCAGCUGAACUAGGAAUAUCAGAUGGA